AUGUUCUUAAAACGCGAAGCUCCUCAAAGUGCUAACAAAUUCAACUCAAACAAGUAAACUCUAUCAUUUAUCAAUUUAGAAACGAUAUCCGUUCAUAAGUCCCUUCAUUUGAAAAUCUAUAGGCUAGAAUUAGAGACUUCUCUUAUUCUCGUUUAUCCAAUGUAGUUGCUACUCAACCAUAAAGAAGUGAACCAACAUAUUCCCCUUAUAAAGCAUAAGGUCUUUAAUAAAAGUACUAUUCAUUAUAUUUACAUUCAGAAUUAAUGAUACUUUAGGACCACGUACUAAAUCUUUUAAUAGUGGACAUAAAUGGAGAGAAUCACUUUAAUCUCCAUCUAUUUCUUAACAAUCCCCAUUCAAAUUUGUUUAAUCACCCCCUUAAAUCAAAUACAGUAUUGAAACUGAAUCAUAUACUAAACCAUCUUCUGAUUCAUUUAAAUAUGACUCUUUUCGUACUUCAUCUGAAUAGUACAAAAAAAGAUAAGGACGUAGUUUAGCUGAUGUUGUUUAAUUGAAUGAAAUUGUAGCUCUCAGAAAUAAAAUUGAAUCUUCUUAUGUCAGUAGAAGUUCAUUGACUUCAACUUAUGUGAGUGAAUUAGUUAAGUUAGCAUAAGCAAUAACUACUUCAUUAAAAAAUGAAUGAUAUAUGUUUUAAUAUACUUUUAAUCA